AUGGAGAGGGCUGGCAUAGCACAAGGGUACCUCUCCUCUGGACUCAACUUCCUGCACAAGAUUGAAAUAGUCAAUGGGGUCGAAACCACACAUUUUUUGGAGGCCAAGUACUUAAUGAACAUGAUUGUAGAUGUCAUAUGGCAGGAAGGGCUAUAUCCUGACAUCAACUUGGAGAAUCUUGACUGUGUCUUUGGUCUUGCGGGGGCUGCAGUUCACAAUGCCAUCAAGGCAUAUCAUGAGGUGCUGAUAAGACAAAUCCAUCUUGAUGAUGCACUGAGAGAAUAUUCCCAAACAGCACCUCAAAGGCUCGUUUCUGGAUUUUGGAUUUGCUGA